AUGUCGGGCCGCGAGGGCGGCUGGAGCUUGUCGUUCGCGGGAUGCGGCUUCUUGGGCGUCUACCACAUCGGCGCCGCCACCUGCUUGCAGGAGCGCGCCCCGCGCCUCAUCCGGGAUGCCCGCCAGAUCUACGGGGCCUCGGCGGGGGCCCUCACCGGCGCCGUCCUCAUCGGAGGCGGCUCUCUGGCGGGAGCUUGUGCAAAUGUUCUGGGGCUCGCCAAAGAAGCAAGGAAACGAAACCUUGGUCCCCUUCACCCUUCCUUCAAUGUGAUGAAGUUAAUAAGAGAUGGACUCUGCAAAAAUCUUCCAGAAAAUACUCAUCAGUUGAUAUCAGGGAGGUUGUGCAUUUCACUUACUCGAGUGUCUGAUGGCAAAAACGUGUUGGUAUCCACUUUUAAUUCUAAAGAAGAAGUUGUUCAGGCUUUACUCUGCAGCUCCUUUGUACCUAUAUACUGCGGCCUCAUUCCACCUUCAUUUAGAGGGGUGCGCUAUGUGGAUGGUGGAAUAACCAACAACUUACCUCAGUACUACUCAAAGAAUACCAUCACGAUUUCACCUUUCUCUGGGGAGUGUGACAUUUGUCCUAUAGGCAACUCUGCAAACGUCUAUGAAAUGAACCUGACCAAUACCAACAUUCAGCUUACUUUGGGAAACAUGUAUCGUUUGAUGCAAGCACUUUUCCCUCCAGAACCCAAGGUACUAGGAGAGAUCUGUGAACAAGGAUAUUCAGAUGCUCUUAGAUUCUUGAAAGAAAAUGGUUUACUGCAUGACUCAAUUUCUGUCAUCUUACCUUUAAAAAAGGGAGAUCAUAUACAAACCCCAGGUUACACCGAUAAGACAACAGUUGCAGAAAAUCAAGGCAAAGAAAAUACAUUAAAGGAGGAAAUCCUCAUUGACCAAGUGAAGUUAGCCUCAUGGCCAUUGGACAAAGCUAUUUUUGACAAUGUACCUCCUAGACUUCGCACAGCGUUACAGGAGGCUUGUAAAGAGAAAUGUGGAAUCUAUGCUCAGCUUUCUAAAUUUCUACCAAUGAGACUGAUGUCCUAUAUGAUGUUGCCAUAUACCCUGCCAGUGGAAUCAGCAUAUUUUGUGGCCUUAAGAUUAGUCGACUGGUUUCCUGAUAUCCCCAGUGAUGUGCAAUGGAUGCAGGAACAGCUUUGUCAGAUUGUGGGUGCUGUUUAUUCCAAAGCAAGAAAAAGGCUGCUGAACAUUCCCAGUAAUGAAAGCCAUAUGAAGAUUAGAAAGUGUCAGACUGCACCGCUGAAUAUGGGUCUUUCCUCUUCCUGCUGCCAUUCUAAAAGGCCUCAUUCUUCUGCACACCUCAAAGAAUGGUUUUCUGAUCUUCACUACUGUGUAGAGUCCGCUAGGAAGGAAGUCGAAGUUGAUACAAGUGAAAGCUUUGCGUCCCUUCCCCCUUUCCCCAUGAACUCGGAAGAAUCAGGUGUGGAAGUGAAUUUUGACUCCUCCUCUGAGCAAAGGACUGCCUCAGAAGACUAG